AUGGCUGGUGAUAGUCACCAUACCAGCAUUUCGGCCAGAAUUAAAAAUCUAAUACUGGCCGGCAUUAUACCACUGGUUAAAGCAUAUUCAAUUAAUAAUUUUGAUAAUUCUGGUAAAGUACUUGAAAUAUAUGGAAUAUCGCAAAAUCCAGAUACAAAAGAUUAUAUUAUGGUACUUCAAUAUGCAGAAGGUGGAAAUUUUAAUGAUUGGAUAAAUAAUAAUCAAAAAUAUUUUAAUUGGACAAAUAAAUUAAAAGUAUUAUGUAACAUUAUUAGUGGUCUUAAAGAAAUUCAUCAAAAAAAGAUGGUUCAUUGUGAUUUUCAUAUAGGAAAUAUAUUAUUUAAAGAUAUUCAUUGGAUUUCUUCAAAUUAUAUUUCAGAUAUGGGAUUAUGCGGAAAAGUUGGUAAUGUAGAUAAAACAAAUCUUUAUGGAGUUAUGCCUUAUGUAUCACCUGAAGUAUUAAGAAGAAAACCUUAUACUCAAGCAGCAGACAUAUAUAGUUUUGGUAUGGUUAUGUAUUUUGUAGCAACUAAAAGACAACCUUUUGCAGAUUAUGCGCAUGAUGAGGUUUUAGCAUUAGAUAUAUGUAAAGGAAUUAGACCCGAAAUAAAUGAGGCGGAAGCACCUAAAUGUUAUAUUGAUUUAAUGAAAAGAUGUUGGGAUUCAAAUCCAGACAAAAGACCAAGUGCUAUUGAAAUAGAGGAAUUGAUUAGGUUAUUUUAUAAUUCAUAUUGUUCAACUAAUACAAGACGAGAAGGGAUUGAAAUUGAAAAACAAUUCAAAGAAGCAGAAAUGUUUCGAACAACAAUUAAAAAUAGUCAAUUAAUUAUUCAUACUCAAGCUGUUUAUACAUCUCGAUUACUUAAUUCUUUUACAAAAGAUCUUGCAGAAUAUACCAAUGAUAAUACGGAAUGUUUAGAUUGUGAAAUAUAAUUAAUUUACG